CAGGGAUGCCGGCCUGGCUGCUCACGCCUGGGUGUCCUGUUCGCCAUCAUGGGCCGCUCACCACCCCUGCUGCCCCUGUGCGCCUCUGUGUCUUUGCUGGGUGGCCUGACCUUUGGCUAUGAACUGGCAGUCAUAUCGGGUGCCCUGUUGCCACUGCAGCUUGACUUUGGGCUAAGCUGCUUGGAGCAGGAGUUCCUGGUGGGCAGCCUGCUCCUGGGGGCCUUUCUCGCCUCCCUGGGAGGGGGCUUCCUCAUCGACUGUUACGGCAGGAAACAAGCCAUCCUGGGGAGCAACUUGGUGCUGUUGGCAGGCAGCCUGAGCCUGGGCCUGGCUGGCUCCCUGGCCUGGCUGGUCCUGGGCCGCUCAGCGGCGGGCUUUGCCAUCUCCCUGUCCUCCAUGGCCUGCUGCAUCUACGUGUCAGAGCUGGUGGGGCCACGGCAGCGGGGAGUGCUGGUGUCCCUCUACGAGGCAGGCAUCACUACAGGCAUCCUGCUCUCCUACGCGCUCAACUACGCCCUGGCCAGUGUCCCCGGGGGGUGGAGGCAUAUGUUUGGCUGGGCCGCGGCCCCUGCUGUCCUGCAGUCCCUCAGCCUCCUCCUUCUCCCGGCUGGCACAGACGAGGCUGCGGCCCACAGGGACCUCAUCCCCCUCCAGAGAGGUGAGGCCACCCGGCGGGGCCUGGGGAGGCCGAGAUACUCCUUUCUGGACCUCUUCAGGGAGCGGGGUAAUAUGCGAGGCCGGACCACCGUGGGGCUGGGGCUGGUGCUUUUCCAGCAGCUGACGGGGCAGCCCAAUGUGCUGUGCUAUGCCUCCACCAUCUUUCACUCAGUUGGCUUCCGUGCGGGGUCCUCAGCUGUGCUGGCCUCAGUGGGGCUUGGGGCAGUAAAGGUGGCAGCGACCCUGGCUGCCAUGGGUCUAGUGGACCGAGCAGGCCGCAGGGCCCUACUCCUGGCUGGCUGUGCCCUUAUGGCCCUGUCGGUCAGCGGCAUAGGCCUCGUCAGCUUUGCUGUGCCCAUGGACUCAGGCCCAAGUUGCCUGGCCGUGCCCAAUGCCACCAGUCCAUCAAACCUCCCUGGAGACUCCAGCCUGCCAAUGGGCUUGUCUUCACGGCCACUGCCAAAAACCAGCAAGAACCAGGAGGAGCCAGUCUCAUCAACCUUUGAGAAAGCCGAGCAUCAUCCCAGAGCUGGGGAUCCCACGGUGCCUCCUGUGCCAGCCCUAAGCACCGCCGCCCUGGCACCCGCUUCUGCCCCUGAGCGUGCCCUGCUGCAUUGGACCGCGCUGGUCUGCAUGAUGGUCUUUGUGAGCGCCUUCUCCUUUGGAUUUGGACCAGUGACCUGGCUCGUCCUCAGCGAGAUCUACCCCGUGGAGAUCCGAGGGAGGGCCUUCGCCUUCUGCAACAGCUUCAACUGGGCCGCCAACCUCCUCAUCAGCCUCUCCUUCCUCGACCUCAUCGGCGCCAUCGGCUUGUCCUGGACCUUCCUGCUGUACGGGCUCACUGCUGUCCUUGGCCUGGGCUUCAUCUAUUUAUUUGUCCCUGAAACAAAAGGCCAGUCGUUGGCAGAGAUAGACCAGCAGUUCCAGAGGAGACGGUUCCCCGCGGGUUUGGGCCACAGGCAGAGCACGUCUGGUGUCCAGUACAGCCGCAUCAAGGUCUCUGCAGCCUCCUGAGGAGUCCAGCUGCCUGGAAAAUGCUGGAACCACGGUCUUAGCAGCCUGUCUCCAGCUUCCUGUCCGCCUGGAAGCACAAGUCCCAGUGGGCCUUUGAGACCGGCCCUGCGCCGGAGGAGGUCUCUUGUGUUGGGGUGAAAGGGAUGAAAGUCUGAGAUCCCAACAGUCUUCAUGUUCAGUCUCAGGCUCCGAGGGUUUCUGAGGAGCUGCCCUCUUGCCUCAGUUUCCCCAUUGACUCUGCACCUCUCUGAAGUACUUAUAAUGAGAACAUGUUAUGGGGUUUCCACUGUUCCCUGGGUGUUGUCACAGAGGCUCUGGGGUGCCAGUCCUGGCAGGAAGUCCCUCCUGGUGUCACCCCUAAAUCCAGCGGAGGGUACCAUAUUCUCAGCUCUCCUUUUUCCUCUGGCUGGGACUUUUCAGCCUGGGAAAGCCUGCGUUUUGGUUCUUACAUAUCAGUUUGGUUCACCCUUCUAAUUCUCUCGCCAGGAAUGUCUACCAUUCACCAGCAGCUCAGACUGCGGGAGAGGAGGCUUGACUUCUAGUCCUGGCUCUGCUGGCGUCAUUGUUGUAUGACCAUGGGCCUCAGUCGCCCCCGUAUGUACAGUGGGGGACCUGGACCAGCUUGUUCUUCUGACACCAGUGAGUUGGAAUUCCAAAGGCUGGUAAUACAAAUGUUCACCAUGGGGCCUGCCCUCGAGUUGCUCACCAUCCGUCCAGGGCACGUGAGUUUUAUCGGGGGAAAGGUCAACAGAAGUCCACGAUUAUGCGCACUAACGUCCAAGAACGUGGACUGAGCUCCGGAGCUGCCUCCAGGGUGGGGCUGGUUGCUCUCUCGUGCAGAGAGGAGAUGGGUUUGGAAGCUGGCAAACCUGGUUGUUGGUGUUGCAUCCACCUCUUGGCAGCUGUUGACCUUGGGUGAGUAACAGCUCCUUAAGCCUCAGUUUCUGCAUCUGCAGUAUGGGGGUGAUUAUGCCCCCAGGGGUGUAGUUAACCCCAUCUACCUUCAGGAAGGUCUUCAGCUGGUUCCAUUUAGCUAGUCAGGGAGUAGGGGGGAGGUCUGUUCACCUCAGUACCCAGGCCCCCACCUUUGGGACAUUGUGAAGGGUCCCCCAACAGGUGAGUCCCAUAGAGAUUGACCAGGUAGCUCAGGCCACAGGUCCCCAAAGGAAGGGCCUGGCAGGAGUCCCUGGAUGCUGAGAAUGAAGAGCCAGAGUAGGUCCAGGAUGCUAGCAUCCGAUGAGGCUGUGUGUUCGUUCCUGCUCAGCGGGGUGCUGACCCAGCCCCCACAGGACUCCGGUCCCUCUCCUUUCUGGAUACAGAUGCUCCUCGACUCUGGCAGGGUCACAUCCCAGUAAACCCAUCAUGAAGUCAGAAAUGCACUUAAUACACCUCCCCUCCUGAACAUCAUAGCUUAGCGUAGCCUACCUUACACAUGCUCAGAACACUUAAUUAGCCUCUCGCUGGGCAGAACCAGCUAACAAAACAUGGUGGAGUAUCAGUUGUUUACCCUCUGAAGGAGCGGCUGCCUGGGAGCUGAGGGUCCCUGCCACUGUCCAGCGUCACCAGAGAGUAUCGGACCACGUAUCACUGGCCCAGGAAAAGAUCAAAACCCCAAAAUUCAAAGUACGAAUGUGUAUUGCUUUCACAUCAUCAUAAAGUCAAAAAGUCCACAGUCGAACCAUCGAAAGUCGGGGCACUCCCCGUGUGUCCCGCGGUGCACUGGAGCUGGCUGGCACCGGCCUGGGGGAGCUGUCACAGUUCCAGGAUUUUUGCAGGCUGGUUGUUAAUCUCAGCCUUUAAAAGAAAUCAAAGGACUCAAGCUCAGAGUUAAAUAAAUUGUAUUAAAAACAAAGGAAAUAAAUACUAAAAGCUCAUCACUUCCCUUUUUAUUAACCACAUCUUACUAUUAUCCGUGCUCUUGAGGUUGUUUAUGUCUAUUGCAUCUUGCCUGGGUCAUGAGGGAGAGACUGAACAUUUCUUCCUGAGUCCGCCACGUGGGCCACUUGCACCUGGCCGUGGGGAGUGUAUUGGCACUGCCGAGAUUGGGGAACAUUACAAAUCAGGGCUUGAGUUAUUGUUCUGUUGAUUUUUCAAUCGAGGACGUGAUGGAUAAAAUGUUCACAGUGCAAAGUAAAUACCAGAGCAUAUCCAUUGUGUCUACGGGUGGUACAUUGUGAGUGGCACAAACAAUUGAGGAAAUAUUGUUCCAGGACGUGAGCUGUUACCCAGUUCAGCAGGCAAGUUGCCCGUGUCACUGACGAAGGGGUUCUGACAUACAUAUUCCUUGUUUAACUUUCAUCUGACUCAUUAACAUGAACAGGAAUUCCAACCAGCCCUCCUGUGGGAACUACACUUGUGAGGGGCGUCCUGAGUUGAAUUGCCAUCAGGAGAUUAUUCAUGGUCUAAUUUUGUCCAAUCACGGCUCAAUGGCAACGAUAGUUGUUUGUGUAUACAAGGGCUUGGCCAAAAAUAAAU